AGAAACGAAGACAGAGGAGGCAGAGACGGAGGGAGGGAGGGAAAGGGGAGGAGGAGGAGGGAGGGGGGAUGGAGAGAAAGGAGGGGGAGAGAAAGAGAGACGAACGGAGAGAUUCGAGAGGCUGAGAAAUCCGGAGAGGGAGAUCCGAGCCCCGGACAGUGAGCCAGACUCUGAGGCACCCAGAGGGAGGAAAGAGCUAAGAGCGAGACUCCCGGGCACGGGAGCCCGAGAACCGAGCCGCAGAUUCCGAGGCAGGGAUGGAUGGAGGCGGCGGCCAAGGGACAGCCGCCCGCCCGCCCGCCCGCCCGCCAGCGGGGCAGAAGGCUCGCCACCAGCAAAUCGGAGGGGGGCUGGCAAGGGCAGAGGAUGGAGCCCCAGCCGGGCGGACCCGAGGAGGAGCCUUAGGGCCGCAGGUGCUGGGGAAGGCUGGAAGCCAGGGUUCCCAGGAUCCUGAAGAGACGGCGAUGUUGGCCAGCCAGAGGCCCAGCCAGAUUAUGCCGAGAGAGCCCGACUGAACGAUGCCUUCACUCAGAUGGUCUUCACCCUGGAGGAAAAGGCCGCAGCCAAAGAGUCCUACGAAGUGGCCUUCCCCGCGGCUGCCCAGAGCCUGGAAGAGACGCUCAAGGAGCUGAGCAAAGCCCCCGCCUGCGUGCCGCCCUGCGGUAAGCCUCACAGGAACCCGCCCCAUCUGGAUGAAACCGACCAGGCGGAACCUGGCCCAAAGUGGCCAAUAGGAGGGCGGAAAGUUGGAUUGAGCCUGCAUUGGGCCAAUGAGACUGAUGGAAGGGGGGAGGAGGGACUCCGGACCGUUAGGGCCGGGCGCUGCGGAGCGAGCAGUGUCCUCUCUGCUAUCCCUCCCCCCAAAGGGUUCCAGGAGCUGGCCCGACUCUUCUUCUGCAACUCGUGCGCUGCCCAUGACUGUGACCUCCCGCUGGACUGCCCGAGUAGGGGGCGGGGCCGGGAGGCGACUCGGGGGCGGGGCCGUGCCUUCACCUCGGAGGGGGCGGGACUUGGAGAGCAUGAUAAGGGCGGGGUCAAGAACAUUGAUCUAGGGGUGGAGCCAGAGGGGGCGGGGUCCCUGAGUUUUAGAUGGGCGCGAAGUCCGGCGAUUCCGUGGGGGCGGGGCCAGAAGAGUCCGGGUUCAAGAGCUGAAGAUGGAGGGAGCUUUGUGGAGAAUUCCAAGUGGGUGGGCUGGGUUUUUAGGCAGAACUCGACCCCCUCCCCAGUCAAGGACUUGCUGGUGCCAGUGGGAGGCCAGGCUGCCUUCUCCUGCUCCGUGUCUUUCUCCACUCCCUUGGAGGUGACCUAUACCUGGAUGUUUGCGGGGAACGUGAGUAUCCGGACCCGGGAUCUCUCCUACUUCCGGGUUUUGCCGCGAGCCCAGGAGGAGUUUGCGCGGAUCCGGCCGGUUCGGCCCCCGCACCGCGGGACUUUCUCCUGCCUCCUUAGCUUCGACCAGCAAAGCCUGGCGCGCUUGUUCUUCUUCCUCAAUGGUGAGGCCGAAGCCGAGGCGGGCCGCGGGAGGGGUGGGCCGGGUUCCGGAGGGGCAGGCCGGAGGGAGAGAACGGCUCGCGGCUCGCCCCCGCCCCGUGUGUCCCCAGUGACUGCAGGGAAACCGCAGGUCGAAAUAGGCCUGCAGGCCGUGUUCGGGAUGGUGCUGGAGACAAGAGGCUCCAAGGCAGAUUGUCCCGAGCCCUGGCGGCCGAGCUUCUCCGCGCUGCUGGCGCACCCUCGGGCCCUAACGACCAGAAACCUGUGCCUGCUUGGGCUGGCGGCUGGCCUGGGCGCCACGACCCUCAUCCUGCUGGGGAUGUGAGUCACCCCUCCCCGAGAACCCAGGAGGCUGGCUCCCCGCAGGCCCGCCUCAGCGGGGACCCCAGGACAACCACUGGGACCCACAGAGCACCCCAAGGGGCCCAGGCUUCUGGACUGACUAAGGGCGGCCUUGAUUUCUGGCCUCUGACACCCAAACUGGAUGUGGCCAACUCCUGCCCUCUGGCGAUAGGCUAAGAUUGCCUUUCUCCCUGCUUCACUCCGCCAGGUUGCUGUACCGUUGUUGUUCCGAAUGCUAAAGGCCCGUCCCCUUCAUCCUGUAUCCUCCACUCACCCCAAUAAAGAUAUUUCAAACCCAA